GACUCAGAUGCAGUAUUGGUGGUGGGAGACUCUGCUGUGCUGGUAAUGGUGGAUGACUCAGAUGCAGUAUUGGUGGUAGGAGGUUCUGCUGUGGGAGUAGUGGGAAUACACAGCUUGCCAUUUGGACCUGGUGAACCAAUAAAAGGCAGAUUCCAGGCUUUGUCUGGGCAAAUCCGGGGUCGUGUCUUCGUAGACAAAGUCGAUGAUGCUUUUCGGGAUCAUGCCAAACAAAAUGGAAGGAGUCAAAAGGACGUGCAGCAACUGGAUGUAGGCGUACUGGCCACAGAACACAGCAUCAUCACCAAGAUGUUGAAUCGGAGUACGAAUUCGUCAGUGGACAUGGCUUUUGAUUCUGACUCUGAAUUGCGGACGAAAGCUAAAGCAAUCGCCGAUACGCAAAUCACGACAAAAAGGAGCUGGGUGCAAAACAUGAGCGAGUUUCUGUUGAGAGGGAUGCAGGUCAUAAUAUUUGCUUUCAAAGGAUUAUUUAAAACCUCGGUCACCAGGGAUUGA